AUGGUUGGGAGACGGUUUUUCCACGCAUUCAAGUCCUGCUUCAAAAGUUCGCGAACAGUCAGAAUGGCAACGAGCGCUGGUAUCUUGGUAUCAGCCAAACCUGGGCUGCCCGCGCCCGAGGACGCUAAGGAGAAGAAGCACCAUUUGGCAAAUGGAAGAUUCGCAAACCCUUGGCCUUCGUGGCACGAUAUUGACCGGGUUGCAGUUGGAAAAUGGGCUAUCUCGGGUUUCUUGGGAGGCCAGUGGCCGAAGGUAGAACCUGGAAUGGUCUCUGUUGUAAAGCCACAAUUCGAAGAGAGUAGGACAGACAUAAAAGAUUUAAGGGCUACUUGGUUGGGUCAUGCUUGUUUCCUGGUAGAAUUUCCAGGAGGGUUCCGAGCUCUCUUCGACCCUGUAUUUUGUCAGAGAUGCUCGCCAGUUCAAUUUAUGGGCCCUGCAAGAUAUACCAAGGUUCCAUGCGAGAUCGAGGAUAUGCCGAUCGUAGAUGCUGUUAUUAUCAGCCAUGCACAUUACGAUCAUCUUGAUGUCACAUCUGUAAAACGAAUCCACGCCAAGUUUCCCAAUGCCCACUUUUUCGUACCUCUCGGCAAUCAUAAGUGGUUCAAGAGCCUCGGGAUCGAUAACUGCACUGAGCAAGACUGGUGGCAAGAUACGGAAAUAAACAUCGAGGUGAAGGCGAAGGAAACAGCUACAGACGGUGAAACCACAUCGUCUGUGAGUGCGACGAUAUCAAACUUUCCUUGCCAGCAUACUGCUGGCAGGACGCUGACGGAUCUAAACUCGACGUUGUGGAGCAGUUGGGGUGUAACAAGCGGAGGGAAGAGUGUCUUUUUUGCUGGCGACACUGGAUAUCGUGCGGUUCCACAGGUUGCUGAAGGUGAAGACGACUAUGGCGAAAAAUACCAGGAUCUCCCCCAUUGUCCCGCGUUCAAGCAAAUUGGUGAUUUGAGGGGUCCCUUCGACUUGGGAAUGAUACCCAUUGGCGCAUAUAGUCCAAGGCAUUUCAUGAGCCCAAUGCAUGCAAAUCCAUACGAUUCCGUAAAUAUAUUCGUUGACACCAAGUGCAAGAAGGCGCUCGGGAUGCAUUGGGGAACCUGGGUGCUUACGAAUGAGCCUAUCCUCGAACCACCAGAGAAGCUGCGAGACGCCUUAAAAUGGAAAGGUAUUCCUGAAGUUGGUAUAUUUGAUGUCGUGGCAACAGGAGAGAGCAGAGUUUUUACCGAUGAAGCUUAA